CUCGAGUUGACCACGACUCUCAUCCCCCGGCUUGAGCAUGAGUUCAGUGUCGGUUGAUCCUGCCAUCGGCCCAGAAGGCCAAGCUAUCCAAGACGAGGCUAGAUCCAAGCCGCAUCCGGACUCUCCUCAUCAAGACCCGGUGGAAAAAGCACAGUCGUUGCACAGCUUGGCACAGCAAUUCUUUGUCGAUUGGCGCUGCAAUAAGGCCCUCGGCAUUUUAGAGGACGCGAUCCGAUAUGCUCGAGAAGCUCUGAAUGAACUUCCCGCCGGCCAUGAAGCUAUCACGCAGUAUGCGGACACCCUGGUCUUCUAUGCUCAGACAAAAGCCAUCACAGUACAGGGUCCCGAGUCGACAGAGGAAUACAUCGCGGCCAUACAGGCAGCCGCAGAUGCUGCCCCCAAGGGAGGACCAGCACAUAAUUACUUCGUGCAACGUCUCAGCUGGGCGUAUUGGGCCCGGUUCGAAUUGAGCAAGAGCAACGAAGACUUGGACCACGUCAUUCACUACAUCAACGGACUUAUCGACGCCCAUCACGAUCUUCUACCGCAGACAGAAAUAGUGUUGGGCGAGGCGUUUCACAGCCGGUUCUCACGGACCAAAGCCACCGACGACAUCGAGAAAGCGGUUGGCCUGUUUGAGAAAGCCCUCAAGGCCCCAGACGCCGGAGAGCUCGUCAGACACGUCAUGCUCCAGAAAUUGGUUCAAUAUUCUGCAGAGGCGCUGCGUGGUAGCGACGCGAGGGCUGGUCUCAACCGUUUGAUAUCCAAUGCGAAAUUCGCCGUGGCUGAACUUCCGCCAUCGGAAACUAGGGAGCGUAUACAGGGCACUCUGUCGAGGGCAGAGACCUCACGGGAGUUGCUUGAACAGGGGCCGAUGCUGGAAAAGAUUUUCAAGGAGGCAGGCGUGAAGCUGGAUGACAAGGACGGCCCUAAGCCGAUCGGGAAGACAUAUAUUCCGAAGGCAUUGUAUGACAGCUUCACCAUCGGAUCGGCCGAGAUUCGCAUCAUUGAAGUGAUGCCGGGCGAGCCUGACGAAGGCAUCGUGUGCAGGAUCCGCAAAGUCGCGUUGGCCGAGGACAUUCAGUACGAGGCACUGUCAUAUGCGUGGAGCGACCCUGAAAAGGUGUCUGAGAUCGACAUAGAAAAUCACCGCUGCAAGGUAACGGUCAAUCUUGCAUUGGCACUCCGCAGGUUGCGCCACAGGGACACUUCGCGUGUCCUGUGGGUUGACGCAAUUUGUAUCAACCAACAGGACUAUCAAGAAAAGUCCCGUCAGGUGGGCAUGAUGGCAGAAAUCUAUGGACGAGCGUCCCAAGUCUUGACGUGGCUGGGAGAACCCAAGUCCAAGUCUAGGGACCAAGCAUCAGGCACAGGAGGCGCAUCCAGUUCUCCUCGGCCAGAAUACGACCUGCCCGUCAUCGAAUGGGGUCAUGAAGACAGCGACCUAGCCGUCAUGAGAAAGUUCUUCACCGACGAGAAGACGUUCAAAGACUGGCCGGUGGUUGGGGCUUUUUCUGUCUUGACUCUACUUGCAAAGGACAGCCACCUCAAUUCACUGCCGUUCUUCCAGGACCCUCGAUAUCCAGAGUUCAACAUAGGCGUUUAUCCCUCAGAGCUAUGGCAACAAAGCAGCGGCGCUCUCAUCGACCUGCUGACGAGUCCGUACUGGAGCCGCGUCUGGAUUGUCCAGGAGAUUGUUUUGGGCAAGCGGGUGCGAAUCCACUACGGACGGCAUAUCAUUGCCUUCGAGACCGUCGUCAGCGCGGCAAGAUUCAUGGCCAAGCACUACUACGGCUGCUGUUACCAACACUGCGCGGCCAAUGCCAACAACAGGUGGUCAAACAUCUUCAGCAUCUUGGGCAGCCUGAACCACAUUGCCGAUUUUGAGAAGAUGAGAACGACAUGUGGAACACGUGAUGUCACCCAGUUGUCCAAGACGCUUCUGGCCGGUAUCGACUUCAGGGAGGCCACCGAUCCACGAGACCAGAUAUAUGGACUCCUUGGUCUCGCACCGGACCAGCGAGAUGAUGACUUGCUUCGCCCAGACUACCAAUUAUCGGUUGCUCAAGUCUACACGCGUGCAGCCUUCAAGAUCAUGCGAGAUUCGGAGAACCUCCAACUCCUAUCCCUCGCAGAUAGGCAAUGUCGUGCCGAGGACCUCCCUUCCUGGUGCCAUGAUUUUGCCGAAAAGGCUCCUUUCAACCCACAGCCCUACGCCUGGAAGCUGUUUAACGCAUGCACCGCCACCGACUUCAAGGUCAAUCUGAAUGCAGAAUUGGGUCUCGAGGUGCGCGGACAUCAUCUGGACGCGGUGACGCAUGUGACCGGGCCUCGUAUCCCGGAGAGUCUCUCGCGGGCAUUGUUCCUCAGCUGGGUCAACGAGGGUUUCGAUCUCGCCCAGAGGCAGUGUGGCGCCGGAGCGGUCGAGCAGACGACGAUAGACCCGCAAGACCCCCUUGUGGAGGUUUAUGGCCGGACGCUCAUCGGAGACACGUUCACGCAAAGUGAUGGCUACAACCGCCGAGCGACCUCGGACGACAUUAAACUGUUGUACGGUUGGAUUAACUGGAUUGGCAAGAACAUCCCGCCCACGACGCGAGAUUGGGCUUCCCGGGAGCCGCCUGCCAAGUUCACCGAGAUUGCUUCCACCGUGCUGGGCAGGACGCAGUCCAAAAAACUCUUCGCCACAAAGGACAAGAGGCUGGGCCUGGGUAUUUCCACGGUCUUUGGGCAAGAGAAGGAGGUCAUGGCUGGGGAUCAAGUCUGGCUGCUGCAAGGGUCCAAGCUGCCCGUUGUUCUUCGCCCGAUGCCCCCAGCAAACACUCAGAAUACAAGUGGCGCCACGACACCGUCCCACGGCGCCCACCGACAGUAUGCGUUCGUUGGCACUGCCUAUGUGCACGGAAUCAUGGACGGCGAGGCUUGUCCCGGCCCCGACCAAUUCACGGACAUUACCUUAGUCCAGUAUCCCGGAUCUUCCAAGUCGCCCUCCCCCGCCAACGAGGCCAUGAGAAACGCGCUCCGGAUGUCACUCUUAUUGGGCCAUGGAAAUUCGAAACGACACCAGGGGAAUCCGAAAUAUAUGUCUGAGCACGGGAAGAUGCAGAAAGAGGCACGGCUUCGACAGGGAGAGGGCGAAGAAGAACAGGGCGUGGAUGCCGAGUCGUUGCUGUUUCCAGAGGGAAGAACAUGGCCCGCGGCGAUGAAGCCGAUUCCCGCACAUCGAGUCAUGCUUGCCGCGCUACUGAAGAAUCCGCCUGAAACCGAGGAGGAGUGGGAAGCCAUGGAGGAGAAACUUGUGCAAGAUGUUGCGGAGAGGAAAAAGGGGUCGAGUUCAUCAUCGUCUUAGGCGGCAGGUGCUUAUGUCCAGCCAACCCAGCCAACGAUCCAAAGGCAGCUCUUGGAUCGCCCUUGUACCUCUUCUCGGCGACCUGCCAGUUUAUCACGUCCCAGAUCUUGCCGAGAUAUUCCUUCUUGUUGUUGAAGUAUUGGAGAUAGUACGCAUGCUCCCACAUGUCGACGCCCAGCACGAUCCCCUUCCCGCCCUUGGGCAGAUCUUGAUCCUUGCUCGUGGUCAGCUCCAGGGCCUUCGUCUGCGGAUCCUGGACCAGCCAUUGCCAGCCAGACCCUUGUAUCGCCAAAGCAGAGGACUCGAAAGCCGCCUUGAAGGACUCGAAGCUGGCCCAUCGUUUCGUGAUGGCCUCGUUGAGGGUGGGAGCGACGCCGGAGAGGACGUUGAGCCCGCUUGAAGCGGGGGCGAGUGAUUCCCAGAAGAGCGUGUGGUUGAUGUGUCCGCCGGCGUUGAAGUUGAUGGCGGCUUGGAGCUCGAGUUGCUUGACCAGGUUGUUGGCAGAGGCGGCUUCCGCUUGGGCCCCGAGCGCGGCAUUCAAGUUGGUGAUGUACGUUCGGUGAUGCUUGUUGUAGUGAAGAUCCAUUAUCUGCCCCGAUAUGGAGGGCUCCAGCGCCUGUGGAGAAGGAGUUCGGUCAGUCCACCGUCCCGGUCAUGAAAAUGGUCUUGAGCGAGGUGGGGUGGCCGGGUGCAAGGCAAGCUAAAACCUAUCAGAGCACGUACAUCGAGGCUGUACUGAAGUUGAGGUAACUCAUAGGCCACAGGCAUCUUGUAAUAGCUGGGGUC